AUGGACUCCUCCCAUUACAACUACAAUGAUUCCUCCAGUUACAACAACGCAGACUUCUCCAAUUACAACAACUCUCACACCUCCAGUUACAACAACAUUGAUCCCUCCAAUUACAACAACACAGACUCCCUCAAUAACAACUACUCUGAUACCUCCAGUUACAACAACACAGACUCCUCCAGUUACAACAACACAGAUUCCUCCAGUUACAACAACACUAAUACCUCCAGUUACAACAACACUAAUACCUCCAGUUACAACUACCCUGAAUCCCCCAGUUACAACCACACAGACUCCCUCAAUAACAACUACUCUGAUACCUCCAGUUACAACAACACAGAUUCCUCCAGUUACAACAACACUAAUACCUCCAGUUACAACUACGCUGAAUCCCCCAGUUACAACUACAAUGAUCCCUCCAGUUACAACAACACAGACUCCUCCAGUUACAACAACACAGAUUCCUCCAGUUACAACUACAAUGCUUCCUCCAGUUACAACAACGCAGACUCCUCCAAUUACAACAACUCUCACACCUCCAGUUACAACAACAUUGAUCCCUCCAAUUACAACAACACAGACUCCCUCAAUAACAACUACUCUGAUACCUCCAGUUACAACAACACAGACUCCUCCAGUUACAACAACACAGACUCCUCCAGUUACAACAACACAGAUUCCUCCAGUUACAACAACACUAAUACCUCCAGUUACAACUACAAUGAUCCCUCCAAUUACAACAACACAGACUCCCUCAAUAACAACUACUCUGAUACCUCCAGUUACAACAACACAGACUCCUCCAGUUACAACAACACAGACUCCUCCAGUUACAACAACACAGAUUCCUCCAGUUACAACAACACUAAUACCUCCAGUUACAACUACCCUGAAUCCCCCAGUUACAACCACACAGACCCCCUCAAUAACAACUACUCUGAUACCUCCAAUUACAACAACACAGACUCCUCCAGUUACAACCACACAGACUCCUACAAUUACAACAACACUGACUCCCCCGGUUACAACUACUCUGAUACCUCCAGUUACAACAACACUGAUCCCUCCAAUUACAACAACACAGACUCCCUCAAUAACAACUACUCUGAUACCUCCAGUUACAACAACACAGACUCCUCCAGUUACAACAACACAGACUCCUCCAGUUACAACAACACAGAUUCCUCCAGUUACAACAACACUAAUACCUCCAGUUACAACUACGCUGAAUCCCCCAGUUACAACUACAAUGAUCCCUCCAGUUACAACAACACAGACUCCUCCAGUUACAACAACACAGAUUCCUCCAGUUACAACAACACUAAUACCUCCAGUUACAACUACAAUGCUUCCUCCAGUUACAACAACGCAGACUCCUCCAAUUACAACAACUCUCACACCUCCAGUUACAACAACAUUGAUCCCUCCAAUUACAACAACACAGACUCCCUCAAUAACAACUACUCUGAUACCUCCAGUUACAACAACACAGACUCCUCCAGUUACAACAACACAGACUCCUCCAGUUACAACAACACAGAUUCCUCCAGUUACAACAACACUAAUACCUCCAGUUACAACUACAAUGAUCCCUCCAAUUACAACAACACAGACUUCCCCAAUUACAACAACACUCAUUCCCCCAGUUACAACUACAAUGAUCCCUCCUACUACUAG